AUGGCUGAGGCUACUCUCCACAACGUACCGAUUGUCAUCGACAAUGGCAGUGGUACCAUUCGAGCCGGCUUCGCAGGAGAAGAAAUCCCAUCAUGCUACUUCCCCUCCUUUGUCGGUCGUCCCAAGCACCCGCGGGUCAUGGCCGGCGGUCUGGAGGGCGACUCAUUCAUCGGCCAGCGCGCGCAAGAAUUGCGCGGGCUGCUCAAGAUCCGGUAUCCGUUAGAACAUGGAAUCGUGACAAAUUGGGAAGAUAUGGAAUCGAUCUGGCACUAUGUCUACGAGAAUGAGCUCAAGACCCUCCCCGAAGAGCACCCCGUGCUGCUCACCGAACCACCACUGAACCCCCGUGCCAACCGUGACGUUGCUGCCCAGCUCAUGUUCGAAGCAUUCAAUGUCCCUGCUCUCUAUAUGUCCAUUCAGGCAGUCCUCUCACUCUACGCGUCUGGUCGCACCACAGGUGUGGUUCUGGACUCUGGAGACGGAGUAUCCCACGCUGUCCCGGUCUUUGAGGGUUUCGCCAUUCCCAACAGUAUUCGCAGAAUUGAUGUGGCUGGCCGCGAUGUCACAGAGCAAAUGCAAUUGCUCUUGCGCAAGGCCGGUCACGUUCUGCAUACCAGUGCUGAAAAAGAGGUGGUGCGGAUGAUUAAAGAGAAGGUCUGCUACGUAUCGUUGGAUCCAAAGCGCGAGGAGAAGGAGUGGAUGAACAACUACCACAAGUCGGAUGCCAAGGCUGUCGACUAUGCCCUCCCCGACGGUCACAAGAUCAAGAUCGGCCAAGAACGCUACCGCGCGCCUGAGAUUCUUUUCGACCCAGAGCUUAUCGGUCUUGAGUACCCCGGCGUGCACCAGAUUGUUCAAGACGCAAUCACCCGCACAGAUCUCGACCUUCGCAAGUCACUAUACCUCAACAUUGUGCUUUCUGGAGGGUCGACCCUCUGCAAGAACUUCCCAGAUCGGUUGAUGCGAGAGAUUAAGCGACUCGCUGUUGAAGAUAUGAAGAUUCGUAUCUCUGCUCCUGCGGAGCGCAAGUAUACCACUUGGAUCGGUGGCAGUAUUCUGGCUGGACUGAGUACAUUCCGAAAGAUGUGGGUGAGCGCAGACGAGUGGCAUGAGGACCCUGAAAUCAUCUUCAAGCGUUUCGCUUAG